AUGGUUGGAAGAUAUGAUUAUGAGUGGUGGAAGAUAAAAGUGAUAAACGUGUCAAUAUAUGAUUUGCUUGACCACGUAACAUCUAAAUUCCGAGCCCAAAAAUUUCGAUUGCCUGCGUCUCCCUCCCGUUUCUUCAACAAUCAGUGUUUUCACUUCUAUUUUCCGACGGACAGGAAGGAAGAGAACAACCAUAAUUUAGAUAUGUCAGCCCUCUUCAAUUUCCAUUCUUUCCUCACCGUGGUAAUGUUAGGCAUUUGUACCUGCACUUAUUUGAAGAUGCAUUUUCCAGUACUCUUUGAACAGAGAACUGGGUUUAAAGGUGUCUUCUGGAAGGCUGCUAGAAUAGGGGAGAGAUUGAGCCCUGGGGUGGCUUUGGGAUGCUUCACGAUGGGUAUCUCUAUAAUCUUCUUCUAA